AUGCCGACAGCAGCCGUCGGCAUAAAUCAGCCGUCGGUUGUUCCUCGUUGGUGCUAUGGAAGGCAUGAUGGAUGGGCGAGUUUGGUGGAUAGGUGGCUCGGCGACGAUGCAGAGUUUGCUGCCAAGAGCAUCAAGGCCCGUGCUAACCGUGGAAAAGACGGGACACACGGCCAAGGAAACAGGAACCACUGGGGCUUCAAGGCCAUGAAGGAGGACAAGUUGAAGAGGCCGCUCUCAGACAUUGAGUCGUGGAAGCUGGCCUGCGAGCGGAGUCAUCCCAAGGAGGGCGAGAGCCAGUACUACGGCAAGACCGAGUAGCACCUGGAGUCUUAC